CGGGUGGCCUUCCUAGUGGGACCUCUGGAAUUGAACUAGUAGAACUCUGGGCCUCCUGACACUCUACCCUGCGACCACAGACCCCACCCCAAAGCGGCUUUUGUGACGUCAAGGCCCCAGAAGUCAGAAGAAUGGUUGCCAUGGCAACGUCAAACAAAGGCCCUGGCGCAUUGAGCCUGGAACUACUUUACGGAAGCUUCGGAGCAAGUCCAGAGAACAGCCUGGAAUCCUCAGACAACUGUUCUCCCACAAUUACGGAAGAAAAAAAGAAGCAGAGGAAAAAAGGCAAAGAGUCUGAGAUUGUUUCCAACAGUUCAGCUAAUCCUUUCCACAUGUCUGGGGACGUGGAUUUCUUCCUGCUCAGAGAUCAGGAGAGGAGUAAGUCUCACUCAGAGCGGCAGCAGAAGAAGGUGUUGCGGGUGCAUGAGAAGAUGACAUACUCAUCCAAAGUGUCAGCCAAGCACAACAGUUUGCGGCGGGAGCUGCAGAUGGAGGACGAGACAGAGGACCAGGAGGCACGUGCAGAGGCCGAGCAGCUGCGUGCCUUCCGCUACCACACAGCCUGGAAGCUCUCGGUGACCAGAGAAAAGAAAGGGGAAUCUGAUAACAUAAACAAGUACAUCAACCAGAAACGGCAAAUGUUCCUCAUCCAGUAUGCCCUAGAUAUGAAGCGGAGUGAGAUCCAGCGGCUGGAGAUGCUGGCAACUAAGGAGGAGGCAGAGCUGGAGCGGGCUGAGAAGUCCCUGGAGAAGGAUUCAGCCUUGUUCGAUGAGUUCCUCAGGGAGAAUGACCGCAGCUCAGUGCAAGCCUUGAGAGCAGCAGAGAAGGAGACCAAAGUGAAGAUGGAGAAGAUCACUGAAAUCCGAGAUUUGACCACUCAGAUCAUGAACAUCAAAAGCGAAAUCUCCAAAUUUGAAGACACUCUGCAACAUUACAAGGUCUACAAGGAUUUCCUGUAUAAACUGUCACCCAAGGAGUGGUUGGAAGAACAAGAGAAGAAGCACUUGGCUCUCAAACAGGCUGAGGAGUUCGAGGUUGCUGAGGCCCCCAAAGAGAACACUCUAUUCUUCACACAAGGGGACAAAGGACCAGGGAUCAAGGGCAAGACAGGCUCCAGAGAGGGGCAAGGCCCAAGGAAGCCCUGGAAACUGCUGCAGGUGGCACAGGCAGGGCAGAUCCUGACCAGCGCCAUGAGCAUCCAGCAGGAGAGUCAGCCCAGUGUUGGGCUGGACCCCAAAGGGUCCAGCUCUGCCCUCCCUGUGCAAGAGGACCCAGACAGUGAUUGUGAGGAACUGGAGCUGUACUUCACAGAGCCCCAGCAACUCCUGGAUGUCUUCACAAAGCUGGAAGAGCAGAAUCUCUCAUUGAUCCAGAACACACAGGAGAUGGAGGAGACCUUGGAGGAGCUCAGCUUCACCCUGAAAAACACCCAGAUCCGUAUGGAUAGGGAAGUCAACCAAUUAAAGCAGUGGAUCACCACAUUGAUGAUGGCCAUCACCAAGGAGGAGGAGACAGCUGCUGAGCUGGAGCUCAAAGCCCGAGUCUUCCAUUUUGGCGAGUACAAGGGUGCUCAGGAGGACAAGCUGCUGGAGAGCCUCAACCACAAGGUUCUGGAUGUGUACCGGCACUGUGUCGGUGUCCAGCAGGAGUCUAACCUGGGCACUGUGCAGAUGCUGACCAUCAUUGAGCACCAGAUGGAUGAGCUGCUCGAGAACCUGGAGCGUGUGCCCCAGGUCAAGGUCGAGCAGGCUGAGAAGGCCAAGGAGAAGGAGCGGCGCCAGAGACUCCGGGAAGAGAAGGCCAAAAUGCAAAAGCAGCUUCAAGAAGAGCGUCUGCAACGGGCCCAAGCCCGGGCCCAGGCUGAGAUCAAGAAGAAGAGAGGCAGAAAGUUGGUGUGUCGCUCCCGGCCCCCGGUCUUGAAAACCAAGAAAGAACCUGAAUACGAGCUGCUGGACAAAGAAAAGGAGGAGCAACUAUUCUUCUUCACCUAGGCUUCAUGGCGAUGGUCUGGCUG